UAAAACGUUGCGUUUAAACUUUAAACAUUAUUAGUCUUUUUCUUUUCCUUCUUCUUGAUUCGGUCACGUUAGGGUUUUAACAGUUGAAUUGAAAUCUGCACUUCGUUUUCCGAUCGAAGAAUAAUCGAUUCCGUUGAUUGAUAUGGCAGACGAAUCCAUCAAAUCCGCUUUCCUUGAAAUUCAAGGUCGCAUGAUAGAAACUACAAGGAAAUUGAAGCAGGUGCAAAACCAGAUACGUUCCAAAGAAACAGAUAAAAAGCGUUCUUUUUUGACAAUGGAGGAGCUGAAGCAGGUUCCCGAUGAUACUAAUGUUUACAAAUCCAUUGGAAAAACGUUUGUAUUGGAGACGAAGGCGACAUUAAUGAAUGAACAGGAGAACAAGUUCAAGGAAAGUGAAACUUCAAUUACCGCAUUACAUAGCUCAAAGGAAUACUUGGAGAAGCAGAUUGCAGAAGUGGAAAACAAUUUGAGGGAGCUGUUACAACAAGAUCCCGGUCUUGCUCGUCAAAUCAUGUCAAUGAAUGUGUAAUGUAAAAUUUUCAUUAGUUGAUAUUGAUCGGCAUUGGCGGAUUUUCUAGUGAACUUGAGUGAAUAGAAAAUUUUAGGAAAUGUGAGAAACUGAGGAUAUCUACUGCCUACUUGGUGCCUUCAUGGAUGAUGCUUUUCAAUCCUUCUGGAAAUGUUGUCUCUGUAGCGGUAGUUGUAACUUAUCUAAAUUCAUAGAAUAAUAUAUUGUCUUGUUUUAUUUA